GAUGAAGCUAUCAUGAACCAAGGGAAACUCACCAAACUGCAGGCACAAGUGCGCAUUGGUGGGAAAGGAACUGCUCGCAGAGAGAAGAAGGUGGUUCAUAGAACAGCCACAGAAGACGACAGAAAACGUCAGUUCUCUUUAAAGAAGUUAGGGGUGAACAAUAUCUCUGGUAUUGAAGAGGUGACUAUGUUCACAAACCAAGGAACAGUGAUUCACUUUAACAACCCUAAAGUGCAGGCAUCUCUGGCAGCAAACACUUUCACCAUUACAGGCCAUGCUGAGACAAAGCAGCUGACAGAAAUGCUACCCAGCAUCUUAAACCAGCUUGGCGCAGACAGUCUGACCAGUUUAAGGAGACUGGCUGAAGCUCUGCCCAAACAAUCUGUGGAUGGAAAAGCACCACUUGCUACUGGAGAGGAUGAUGAUGAUGAAGUUCCAGAUCUUGUGGAGAAUUUUGAUGAGGCUUCCAAGAAAGAAGCAAACUGAAUUGAGUCAACUUCUGAAGAAGAUAAGUCUUGAAGAAGUUACUGGGAGCUGCUAUUUUAUAUUAUGACUGCUUUUUUAAAAUUUUGUUUAUGGAUCUGAUAAAAUCUAGAUCUCUAAUAUUUUUAAGCCCAAGCCCCUGGACACUGCAGCUCUUUUC